UAAAAAGGGGAAAAACCUUUUUCUUCCCUGAAAGAAAAGGAGACUCGGUUCUUAUUCUUUCUCUUUCCUGAAAAUCGAACCAGUUUCGAAAAACCUUGAAUAUCAGUUCCCAUUGUUGGACCAUUGCCAACGAAUCUCCUUCCCAUUGCCGGCGGUCAGCACUCCCUUCUUCUUAUUCGCUUUUUUCUUUCUUCUUCUUCUUCUUCUUCUUCUUCUUCUUCUUCUUCUUCUUCUUCUUCUUCUUCUUUCCAUUUGUUUCCCGCUGCCAUCGGUCUUCUUGGUCUCCAGUCUCCAUCCUUGGGCGAAGGUGGUUAUGCGUUCGAGUCUGAUCUCCCAUCCCUUCUAAAUCCCUCGCUUCCUUUAGUUCUUGACGGGGCAUGCAGACACAAAAGCUCAAAAAUUUCUCAUUUUAGAUAAUUGCUUGAGGACGAUGGAGAGGGACGCUGACAUGGACAAAUUUUUAGUCCAGGUUGCUGCCCCACUGUAGUGUCGUUGUUCCAAAGGACAAAGCCGGAGUUUCACCAGGAUCAGCCUGUUAAUAAGAGAGGAAGUAAGCGUUUUGGUUUGUGUCGGGAAUGAAAUUAUAAAAUCCUUCGAAGCCAGCAAAGGAUUAUGGGCUUUUUAGGAAACCUUCAUUCCUGGUUGAACGUUACCCACUUUUAACGUGGCAAUAUUUUAGUGGAUCGACUCCAAACGCAGGGCGCUACCACCACCAUUACAACCCAGAGAAUAAGGCUCCCUCAGAAAGAGAGAGAGGGAGAGCAAUGGGGGUUCCUUUGGCCAUGGAAACCCUAAGCCAGAGAGCGGCCUUCAUGAGGGAGUCUCUCCAGAAGAGCCAGACAUUUACGGACAACAUGGUUGCCAUUCUUGGCUCCUUCGACCAUCGUCUCUCUGCCCUAGAGACGGCCAUGCGUCCCACUCAGCUAAGGACACAUUCCAUUCGGAGAGCGCACGAGAACAUUGAUAAAACUUUGAAGGCGGCGGAGGUUAUAUUGUCUCAUUUCGAUCUUACCCGCCAGGCAGAGGCUAAAAUACUGAGAGGUCCACAUGAAGAUUUAGAAAGUUACCUAGAAGCUGUGGAUCAACUGAGAAGUAACGUUAAUUUCUUCAGUAACAACAAAAGCUUCAAAAGUAGUGAUGCAGUUCUUAACCAUGCAAAUAAUUUGCUUGCAAAGGCUAUUCUGAAAUUGGAAGAGGAGUUUAAGCAUCUCUUAACGUCUUACAGCAAACCUGUGGAACCUGAUCGUCUUUUUGAGGGCCUUCCCAACUCGAUGCGGCCAUCGUCAGGAUCGCCUGGUCACCAGGGUGAUGGCAUGAACCCUUCUUCCAAUAAUCAUCCUGAGCAACAAAAUAAAGGUGUAGAAAAUGCUGUUUAUACACCCCCAACACUCAUUCCGCCAAGGAUUCUUCCAUUGCUGCAUGACUUGGCUCAACAGUUGGUUCAAGCUGGUCACCGACAACAGCUAAUCAAAACUUACAGGGAUACUCGUGCUUCUGUUCUGGAACAAAGCCUUCGAAAGCUUGGGGUGGAAAGACUCAGUAAAGAUGAUGUACAGAAGAUGCAAUGGGAGGUUUUGGAGGCCAAAAUUGGGAAUUGGAUCCAUUACAUGCGGAUUGCUGUCAAAUUGCUAUUUGCUGGGGAACGAAAAGUGUCUGAUCAAAUAUUUCAAGGCAUUGAUUCUCUCAGGGAUAAUUGUUUUGCUGAAGCUACUGCAAACAGUGUAUCCAUUCUUCUUAGUUUUGGAGAGGCCAUUGCUAAAAGCAAGAGGUCACCGGAAAAGUUGUUUGUACUUCUAGACAUGUAUGAGAUAAUGCGAGAACUGCAGUCAGAGAUAGAGACAAUUUUUGAAGGUAAAGCUUGCACUGAAAUGCGAGAAUCUGCAUUGAGCUUGACAAAGAAGCUGGCCCAGACAGCACAGGAGACCUUUGGUGAUUUUGAAGAAGCAGUUGAAAAAGAUGCAACAAAAACUUCUGUUUUGGAUGGAACUGUUCAUCCUUUGACAAGCUAUGUAAUAAACUACGUGAAAUUUCUGUUUGAUUACCAAUCAACAUUGAAGCAGCUUUUUCAGGAGUUUGAUAGUGGAGUUGAUGCAAAUUCUCAGUUGGCAACUGUAACAAUGCGGAUAAUGCAAGCUCUUCAGACAAAUUUGGAUGGAAAAUCUAAGCAAUACAAAGAUCCUGCUUUGACUCAAUUGUUUCUUAUGAAUAACAUUCACUAUAUGGUCAGAUCUGUACGCAGGUCAGAAGCAAAGGAUUUAUUAGGAGAUGACUGGGUGCAAAGACACCGAAGGGUUGUCCAGCAGCAUGCAAAUCAAUACAAGAGGGUUGCCUGGGGAAAGGUUUUAUUGAAAAUCAAACUCAAGUAUCUGUCUUUACUGAAAUUUGAUAUUCUGCAAUGCGUAUCUGUCCAAGGUGUGGGACCAUCUGGUGGCGGUAGUAAUAGUGCAACUGGAAGUGAUAACAGUGGGAUUUCAAGAGCAAUGGUGAAGGACAGGUUCAAGACUUUUAAUAUACAGUUUGAGGAGCUUCAUCAGAGACAAUCCCAGUGGACAGUGCCUGACAGUGAGCUCAGGGAGUCUUUGAGGCUGGCAGUUGCAGAAGUCCUCUUGCCUGCAUAUAGAUCUUUCCUCAAACGUUUUGGGCCUAUGAUUGAGAAUGGGAAAAACCCACAGAAGUAUAUAAGAUUCUCGGCUGAGGAUCUUGAUCGGAUGCUGAGUGAAUUUUUUGAGGGGAAGAUCUUGAAUGAACAGAGGCGGUAGAGAUUGUAAAGUAGAAAAACCCCCUGCUCUAUACGUGGUUAGCAGUGUAUGUAUUUGCAUAGCUCGUGAUUCAUUUGCAUUGUGGAAUAAUAAGAAAAAAUAUCUUUUCAGGUGGCAUAUUUUCUUCGCUUUGCAUAAAUUGUUGUAUUUAACCUGCGGCUUCCAUUUCUUCUCUGAGUUGAAUGAUGAUAUCAAGUAUUGUAUGGUCGCCUUUUCUUCCUCAUAUAGAUCAAAAGCUGCAUGAAGAACCCUCUAAUUGAAAUUCUUAAACAGUUGAAGCA